CCUCAGUGCUGUCAGGUAUUUUGCGCUAACCGCGCAGAGCCGGACAAAUAGGCACAACAGAAUAGAAGCACACACACACACACACCACACACGCAAAGCAACAACGCAACGUCACACAUAUACACACAUACAUAUAAAAAAAGUGCCUUAGACUCGUUAGUCCGUUAAGUUGUUUGUCGUAACGUCAGCGUCGGCGUCGCCGUCACCAAAGAUUCGGGAGUGUAACAACAAUAACAACGACAACAAAACAAUGUGUUAUUAAUAAAAACAAUUUGCAACCAAGAAACGACAAAAAAUUAUCACAAAGAAAAAAAAGGAAAUUUUUAUUUUGUAUUGAGUUUGAAAAUUGCGGAGCAUAUAUUGUAAACGAAGUAAACGCAGCUUUAAAAUGCUUUUAAGCAAUCAACCGGCAAACACAAAGCCACAGCAGCCGUCGCCGACACCGCCACAAAGCUUCAAAUCGAAGCUGCAGCAACAAAUCGCCACAGCAGCAGCUGCCGCUAACGCCGUAACAGCCGCAACAGCAACAACAAAUAUUGCCAACGGUCAUAGCAACCACAACAACAACAACAACAUUAUCAAUCAUCAUCAUCAUCCCCAUCAUCAUCAUCAUCAUCACCAGCUUCACCAUCAUCAGCAUAAUAUUUCCUUUGCCACGGAUUUCUCAAUUGCCGCGAUUAUGGCGCGCGGCGGAAACGCCUCAAGCAGCCGCGAGCCAUCCGAAAGGAGUUUGAGUCCGCUGUCUGUGGAGCGCUAUUCAACGCAGGAUGCGGACGAUGAUGUUGACGUUGAUGUGGUCGACUGCAGUGACUCGGAAACGCCAACGCCAACGGCAGCGGCAACAGCAGCCGCAGCAGCGACGGCAGCAGCAGCAGCGGCGGCAGCGGCAGCAGCUCAGCAGCAUGCACGUCAUGCAUUGCGUGUUGCACAACAGCAGCAACAACAACAACAACAACAGCAGCAGAGGCAACAGCAACAGACACAUCCCCAUCAACAUGCAACGCCAAACAAGCAACGCCAACAACACAAUCAACAACACAACAACAACAGCAAUAACAGCAACAACAGCAAUCACAACAGCAAAUCGAGCAGCCAUCGAGGGCGUGUUGCGGCCACACCAAGUGCAGCCGGAGCUGGAGUUGGAGCUGGAGCUGGAGCUAACAGCACGCCCUCUCCCCCCCCCAGCGAGCUGCAUGCUGAAGACGAGCGCCUGUCGCCUGAGGAGCCUGCGCAGCUGCCCACGCCCAAAAUUCUGGGUUCGUGCAAUUGCGAUGAUCUCAUGCCCGUGCAAUGCCAUCUGGAGACAAAGGAGCUGUGGGAUAAGUUCCAUGAGCUGGGCACCGAAAUGAUCAUCACCAAGACGGGCAGGCGCAUGUUCCCCACGGUGCGUGUUAGUUUCUCGGGCCCAUUGCGCCAGAUACAACCACCGGAUCGUUAUGCCGUUCUGCUGGACAUUGUGCCGUUGGAUUCGAGACGCUAUCGCUAUGCGUAUCAUCGCAGCUCGUGGCUGGUGGCGGGCAAAGCGGAUCCACCGCCGCCCGCUCGCAUUUAUGCACAUCCCGAUAGUCCCAUAAGCCCAGAGGCGUUGCGCAAACAAGUCGUCUCCUUUGAGAAGGUGAAGUUGACAAACAACGAAAUGGAUAAGAGCGGACAGGUCGUGCUGAAUUCUAUGCAUCGAUAUCAGCCACGCAUUCAUUUGGUGCGUUUAAGCCAUGGCCAAAGCAUACCCGGCAAUCCCAAGGAGCUGCAGGAUAUGGAUCAUAAAACGUUCGUAUUUCCGGAGACGGUAUUCACAGCCGUGACGGCCUAUCAGAAUCAAUUGAUUACAAAAUUGAAAAUCGAUUCGAAUCCGUUUGCAAAAGGAUUUCGCGAUUCGUCGCGUCUGACUGACUUUGAUAGGGAUCCCAUGGAUUCAUUCUUUUUCGAUCAACACAUGCGCGCUGCCCCAUUGCGUUUCUUUCCGGAUCCGCUAAUGUCACAACUAACGCCACAGGAAGCCGACGCCGCCUCGCUGGCGCUGCUGGAGAAGGCGCGUCAGCAUUUGCAAAUGUUUGGCCGCUCGCCGUACACGGAAAUGUUGCUGCCCCAUCUGUAUCAACGUGCCGCACCGCCAGCCCCGCCGCCGCCCUCAGCGCUCGGCGCCUUUCAGCUGGGCAUGUGGCAGCAACAGUGGCCACAGUUGACCGCCGGUUUCCUUGCCAGCGCCAAUCAGCAAGCGGCCUUUGCGGCCGCCGCCGCUGCCGCAGCUGGCGCAAGUCGGACGCCACCACCCACAAUAGGAGGAGGCGGCGGCGGCGGCGGUGGGGGAGGAGUUGCUCCAGGAGCUGCCUCAGCACCGCCCGCGCCAGCCACGCCCACGUCGUCGUGCGGCUCAGCGUCGCCGGAUUUGCGCAUCAAGUCGCAGCUGGCGCACUAUCCGCAACGCUUCAGUCCGUAUCAGGUGCCACAGCAUCCGCAGUCUGCCACAUCGCCGGCGCCAUCGACGCGCGCCGAGAGUCCCUAAGUGCUCCUAGCAUAAGCGACGCCACUCGAAAUCUAUGUGCAAUGUGUUUGUAAAUAACCCUCGCCUCAUUCCCCACAAAUACAACAAAAAGAAUCCCCCCUAAAUAAAUCCGAAAUCAAAUCAACCACAAAGCUGUGUAGCUAAACAUGUUGCAGCAACAUGUUGCCAACACAUAAAUUAGUAGUUCGUUUAUGCGUGAUCGCAAUAGAAGUGAUAUGAGAUUAGUUGACAUUACAAAACUGCAAACAAUUAUUAUUUUUAAACGCAAUUUGAAAUGAUUAAAAUAAAUAUUAUAAAGAGAAUGCGCAUCUGUUCACUAAAUUAAGUAUUAGCUAAAUUGGCAUUCCCAAACUAGAAAGUAAACAAUUUAUAAUAUUGAAAAUAUAUAAAAAUGUAAUUUCUAUUAAAUAAAUGUCUGUGAAUCGUUUUUUAAAAAAAUAUAAAGUCUUAUAAUUUAAUUGAAUGUAUUUAUUUCAAAUUAAAUUCGCAAAUAAAUUUCCCUGCUAAUUUCCUGAUCACGUUAAGCGCCACGCAUAAACGAGUAUAAACUUUAUAAAUAUAUGUACUUAAUGUAGUUCAUAGCCCUAGCCGUGUAACAGUAUUAGUUAAUUUAAUUAGGCUUAGCUUUAGUGCAAACAAUUUGCUUGUGUUUUUUAUUUUAUUUGUAUUUUUAUUUUACUUUAUUAUGUUGUUCAACUUGUUCCUAACUGCAAAUUAUUGUAAAAAUUACAUGCUAAUUGUACACUUUGGACACGCCCCAAAAAAACUCCUCAAAUCAAAACGAAAUCAAAAAUGCAAUAAACGAAAAAACAAAAAAUGGAAAACAAAAGAAAACUAUUUAAAUUAUGUGCAAAAAUAAUAAUAAACAAUU